AUGUCUUCACCGACGAACCUGGCGAGAAGGACGCUUCUGUCCCGCAAGGCUCUCAACCCGUCGUCUGUCUACACUAUAUCCGGCAUCUCUUCGUCCAGCCGAUGCCUCCAUGGUAUCCCUGUUUUAUCCCGAGGAUCUCACUCCCAUGCCUCCCUGGGCAAGGCGUCUAAUACCCGGUUCGACCCCAGGUGGCUGUCAAGGAUAAAAACGCGGAUUGGUAAAUGUAUUGCCUUUGGAAUGAAGCAGGUACUGGUGCCUGUUGCCGGAGGGGUGCUGGAGGAGAUAGCGCAGGACUGGAGAGAGCUGGUUGCAGGUAGCGAGGGAUUCUUGACUGGGGAGAAGUACUGCGGUCUCCAUAAGCAUAAUGUCGUAUGGGGAGAGAUGGAUUCCAUGGUAAGAUACCUGUUCCUUCCUUUCGAUGUUUUUGGAACAUCCGAAGUGCCAUGUAAACAACGUCAUCCCAUGAUGUUCCCCGACCAGAUAUGCGUAUAUCACAAACUAGCAAAUGAACCACCCCUCCCAGGGGAUCCGAACCCAGCGCCUUUUUCCAACUUACAUCUCGACGUGAUGAUUCUGUCGGAAGCUAAGCAGAGACCUGCUGCUCGCUGCGAGGAGGAUGUGGUGUUAUAUGACUACCGGAUUGCAAAGAAGCUGACUUCGUUGCCUUCCUGGAUGCUGGUGCAGUACAGGAAGCUGUGGGAAGCGCAGGAGAUGGCGAAGAAGGAGAAUAGAGCCAAGGUGCAGGAUAUUGAGAGGAGGGUGAGGGAGUUGGAGGUGGGUACGUGGGAUAGAGAGGGCGCUGUUGAGAGUAUGGGCUCCGCUGCUAGCAGUUAA